UCAACAGAGGCCAUGACCCAAGCCAGGGCCCCAGACUUCAUGGCCCUGGAGCCCGCAGGCCUUCCCUUCUUCCUCAAGGCUGCCAGCCCAUGCAGUUCUCCGGCCCGGAGCCCCAGGCCUGGAGCCCCGUGAGAGAGCUGGGUCUUGGCUCCAGCCGGAAGUCUGUCCUUAACAGCCGAAGCUCUGAGGACCUAGCCACAGAGCCACCCCCUUUUCCCUCGACCUUGGAACCAGAGACAUCCUCAGACUUGGAGCCCACGGCUGAAUUAGAGGAGCAAGCUCCCUCCAGGACCGCCACGCCAAGCCCUGUGCUGGGCAAAGUUUUGGUCAAAGGAGUGUGUGACAACCAGCAAAUGCAGUGGGAAGUGAGCUUCGAGCUAGAACCUCCAGCCCUGCGGAAGGAGGACACACAGAACGAUGACAUGUGGGGCGAGACUUUCCACCACCUGGCGGCCCGCGCCAUCAUCCGCGAAUUCGAGCAUCUGGCCCAGUGCGAGGAUGAGAUUGAGCUGGGGUCCAAUCGCAGAUACCAGGUGAACGCCGUGCACACCAGCAAGGCCUGCAACGUGAUCAGCAAGUACACGGCCUUCGUGCCCGUAGACAUAAACAAGAGGCAGUACCUGCCCACGGUGGUCAAGUACCACAACUCUGGUAAGGCGCAUGCGUAAAU